AUGGCUCCCUCCAGCGACAAGAACCCGAAGCGCGGUCGCUCUAGCCAGCGACGUGAGCGAAAUGAGGAGGAGAGCAUCGACAUCGAUGCAUUGCAGCGCAUCACUGCGGAUAUGCAACGGCUGCUUCAACGCGCGCGCAACCGACAGGCCAACAACUCGCGAUCAGGCUCAGCGCGUGGAGGUAACAGUUCAACGCAUGGUCGCAGUGUCUCCCAGUCCAACCGUGGUGACCGAGACUCGUCGACUUCCAAUCACAACAGCACUUCUGGCCAGAGCGGUCAAGGUUCAUCUGCUGGGGUUUCCGAAAACACCAACAACACCAAGAAGUGCCUUGCCUCGGUCUCGGAGGUCGAGAAGCGUGAGUACAUUGGUGCCGAUAGAAAGACGACCCAAAGUAUUGUCAACACUAACACUACCCGUUUCACAGCCAUCAACUACAGGAGGCCAGACAACACGAAGAACUAG